AUGGAUUGGAAGAAUGUUGUGAUCGUAAAAUACUCCAUUCAGUGCUACAACCAAUACUGUAUCCAUAACUCUACCAUAGUUGCACGUCGAGUAAACGUAGCACCCGGUCGGCUUGUUGAUAGCUUCUCGUUGGCCGUUGAGCAACACAUUAAAAAAAAUCGUGAAGGUUAUGUUAGUAUAACCUUGAUCACCUCAUUUAAAAAAGUCAAAUGUCUCACGCGUGAUUGGAAUAUUGUUGCCGAGGCGUUAAAAUAUUCCCAAAAGUUAGAAGUAAAUCAAGAAGGGAAAAAAGUCAAGCGUAAAGAUCCAUUACCCGAAUACUUAAAAAUUGCUGCCGAAAAUAAAGGCAUUAAAACAGUGGUAGCCUACAAUUUACCACCCAAAUAUAGUAAUAUUAGCGGAGUAAGCAAUUUAUUCUCAACUUAUGGUGAGAUUUUGUUGGCAAGAAUUAUUCGACCCAAUGAUAACAUCCCCGACGAUUUAAAACCUGCUAAAGCUUAUCAUUCACAAUUAGGGCAAGAAACUUGCGCCUUUGUUGAAUUUGAUAAGCCUGAACACGCAUUGCGAUGUAUCGAAGGCCUAACUCAAGCGGAUAGGCAAGAUUUGGAUGGAAUUGGUGUUACUUUAUUAAACUUAAAAAUAAAACAAUCAACUCUUGAUAAAAUUAAGGAAAUGGAAGCUAAAGCCAAAAGUGAUUCAGCCUCACAAGAUGAGAAAGAGAAAAAAUCCAAACGAAAAAAGAAGAAAAAUAAACGACUGGAUGAAUUGCUCAAUGUUCGUGAUGACGUUAGCACAUGCAGUUCUGACGAUGCUGAAGGUGCACCAAGACGAAGAAGUGCUCCAAUUCCUAUAGGUAAGGACUCUAGUAAAGGUACCCUUGGACCUGAUAGAGGUCGUCGUUUUGACUCUCCCCGAGGCAAUAGUCCUAGAAAUAGCUCUGAUUCAUGGAAAAGGAGCGAUUAUUCAUCAGACAGUUGUGCUCAUAGUCCAUGGUCUAGACGACCACGCAGUGAUGGCGGUAGUCCACGAGCUAGUCCCUUGCCGCCUCGUCGAAGCUUCUCGCGUACUAAUAAAAUUCAAAUGGAAGGCGUUAUCCGCCCGCCUAUCGGACCUGAUGGCACAAGAGGCUUUAAAAUUGGUCGAGGUAUAAACAUCACUAUCAGUAAACUAACAUUUUUGGCGAUAUCCUAUACUGUAGAUGCUAUUGCGCUUUUCCUAGCUAAUAAAUUACAAUCUGAAAUUGCUCUAUUGACUACUUUUGUUAUCCUUAACCUUGACUGA